AUGAACGGAAAGACUGAGCCAUCACCUGGGGAUGGGACACCCAGGCGUUCCCGACUCUAUAGACACACAACACUGGAGAACCCACGGGGCGUCCGGGGCCCGCUGACGUGGCUUCUGCCUCAGCGACCCCACCCACCCAACCUGGCUCCACUCUCAUCCUCAGGCCCCAACCGUUUCUGGCUGCCUCCGACCCCCAAAUCGACACAGGCCCGCUUCCCCGCAGCCCUGGAAUCCCCCAACCUCAUAGUACCCCUCUCUCUUUCCCUCCCACUCCCUCUUUGCAAGGCCCCCCUCCUCCUCAGCGCUUGGGCCUGCUCCCAUCGAGACCCAGACACAACCCCUGCGUCCGCAGCUGCCCCCUUCUUCCCUCGCCCCUGCCCCUCUCAUUUCCUAGCCCCACUUUCUCCCCCGUGGUCCCGCCCAUCAGGAUCCGGCCCCGCCCCCUCGUCUUUCCCUCCGGGGCGCCCCAAGUCCUUGGUCAGCACUCCUCUCGGCUCCCUGCAGCACCCCUCGCCCAGCCCAGGCCCCGCCCCACCCCGCAGUGGCCCCCCCCUCUCGCCCCGCCCCCCGGCAGCCCCGCCCCCUGCGGCCUCUGCCUCUGACGCACAAGUGGCCGCAGCCAGGCUGCUGAAGCGCCAAGAGCUUCCCCGCCCGCCGCGAGCCGCGCCGGGUCCUAGUGCCCGCUGCUCCCAGCCGCUCCAAUCUGGCCCCUUUUUGAAGCCCUAG